AUGGACCGCAAGGAUGUCGGGAUCCUCGCCAUGGACAUCUACUUCCCGCCCUCCUGCGUGCAGCAGGAAGCACUUGAGGCCCAUGAUGGGGCGAGCAAAGGGAAGUACACCAUUGGACUCGGGCAAGAUUGCAUGGCCUUUUGCAGCGAGGUGGAGGAUGUCAUCUCAAUGAGUUUGACGGUUGUCAAUUCCCUGUUGAAAAACUACAAGAUUGAUCCCAAGUUAAUCGGUCGCUUGGAGGUUGGAAGUGAAACGGUUAUAGACAAAAGUAAAUCCAUCAAAACUUGGCUGAUGCAAAUUUUUGAGGAAAGUGGUAAUACUGACAUUGAAGGCGUUGACUCCAGCAAUGCAUGUUAUGGUGGGACAGCAGCCCUACUGAACUGUGUGAAUUGGGUCGAAAGUAACUCCUGGGAUGGCCGUUAUGGUCUUGUUGUUUGUACGGAUAGCGCGGUUUAUGCGGAAGGGCCAGCUCGUCCAACAGGAGGUGCUGCUGCUAUAGCAAUGCUCAUUGGUCCUAAUGCUCCAAUUUCCUUCGAGAGCAAAUAUAGAGCUUCUCACAUGGCUCAUGUUUACGAUUUCUACAAGCCUGAUCUUGCAAGUGAAUAUCCGGUUGUUGAUGGUAAACUAUCCCAAACAUGCUACCUGAUGGCUCUAGACUCAUGCUACAGACAGUUCUGCAACAAGUAUGAGAAGAUUGCGGGUAAACAAUUCUCAAUUUCUGAUGCAGAAUAUUUUGUGUUCCAUUCUCCAUACAACAAGCUCGUGCAGAAGAGUUUUGCUCGACUUUACUACAAUGACUUCAUGCGCAACUGCAGCUCUGUUGAUGAUGAUGCUAAAGAGAAGUUCCAGUCUUUUUCAAAUUUGACUGGUGAAGAGAGCUACCAGAGUCGCGACUUGGAAAAGGCCUCACAACAAGUCGCGAAGCACCUCUAUGACAUCAAAGUUCAGCCAUCGACUCUGCUUCCGAAACAAAUUGGUAACAUGUAUACUGCAUCCCUUUAUGCUGCAUUGGCAUCUGUGCUAUAUAACAAGCAUGAUGGUCUGAAUGGACAAAGAAUUGUGAUGUUCUCUUACGGCAGUGGCUUGACAUCCACUAUGUUCUCAUUGAGGCUAAACAAUGGCCAGCAUCCCUUCAGUCUAUCAAACAUUGCUUCAGUUCUUGAUGUCACCGAGAAGCUUCAGUCAAGACAUGAGACCUUGCCUGAGAAAUUCGUUGAGACACUGAAGCUGAUGGAACACCGAUAUGGCGCAAAGGACUUCGAGACGAGCAGAGACACGAGCCAGCUGCAGCCAGGCACGUUCUACCUCACCAAGGUCGACUCCAUGUACCGGAGGUUCUAUUCCCAGAAGCUGGCCGAGGAAACAUGCAGCGGCAAAACCAAGUGCUGCAACGGCUUCGCAAAUGGCCACUAG